AUGAUCUCACGACCUAGUCUCACAACAGGAACUUCACAACCCUUCACAACCCCUCACAACCCCUCACAACCCAAGAACUUCACAACCUUUCACAACCCUUCACAACCCCUCACAACCCCAAGAACUUCACAACCCUUCACAACCCUUCACAACCCUCACAACCCAAAAACUUACAACCCUUCACAAACCCUCACAACCCAAGAACUUCACAGCCCUUCACAACCCUCACAACCUUUCACAACCCUUCACAACCCUCACAACCUUUCACAGCCCUUCACCCUCACAACCCCUCACAACCCUUCACAACCCAAGAACUUCACACCCCAAGAACUUCACAACCCCUCACAACCUUCACAACCUUUCACAGCCCUUCACAACCCUUCACGACCCUUCACAACCCCUCACAACCCCAAGAACUUCACAAACAACCCUUCACAACCCUCACAACCCUUCACAACCCUCACAACCCCUUCACAACCCUCACAACCCCUCACAACCCUCACAACCCCUCACAACCCCCUCACACAAUCCUCACAAUCUUUUCCUUAA